AUGGGGUGUAGUAGUUCAAAAGAUGAGAAAUUAAAUGUUUUCAUUUCAGAGAAAAAUAUGACUACUUCUGAGGAUGUUGUUUCUCAAUUUACCCCUGAUAUGAUUAGUGCUACAUCACAUCUUCAAAUUCAAGCUAAUGAAGUUCGUAAUCGUGAUAAACCAAAUUGGAGUUCUUAUUUAAGAAGUGACAUGAUUAAACAAGAAGACUAUGAUUUUGUUAUUAAUUAUGAAAAGUGUACUUCACGAGAAGCUCGUCAACAAUUUAUUUUGCAAAAUCAAAUGGCUACUGCCAAUACUUUUAUUUCACUUAUUACAAAUAUUUCAAAAGUUCCACUUGUAAAAUAUUCACUUGUUAUGCUUGAUGAUUUAUUAAGUGAAGAUAAAACACGUGCUGAAGUUUUUAAAGGUGAUGUUCUUAAUAAUCCAGAUUUGUUUAUUAAAAAUCAAAUGGCUAUUAUUAUUGCUAAAAUAGCAUGUAAUGGUGGUGUUUUAAUGACUGGAACUGAUCUUAAUGUUUAUUUUAGUCUUCUUAAAGAAGAAUUAAAAAAUAAAGAUAAUAAAUACAUUAAUACAGCUACCAGAUGCCUUCAAAUGAUGCUUCGUGUUGACAAAUAUAGAUUUGAAUUUGUUAAAGGAAAUGGUAUUAUGGAUUUAGCUCAUGUUUUAAAUAACAAAAUUAAUUUCCAAUUACAAUAUCAAAUUAUCUUCUGUUUUUGGUGUUUAACUUUCAAUGAGAAAUUAGCUAAAGCUGUCCAACAUGCUGGUGUUAUUCCACUUCUUGUUGAAAUUUUAUCUGAAACAACAAAAGAAAAAGUUAUGAGAAUCAUUCUUGCAACAUUUAGAAAUAUCAUUGAAAAAAUUGAAGAUAGAGAAAUCGUCCGUGAAUCAGCUCUUCAAAUGGUUCAAUGUAAAACCAUGAAAACUUUAGAAUUAUUAGAAAAUAAAAAACUUGAAGACACAGAUAUCGUUGAAGAUAUUGAAUUUCUUAACCAAAAACUCCAAGCAAGUGUUCAAGAUUUAAGCUCUUUUGAUGAAUAUGUAACAGAACUUCGUAGCGGAAGACUCCAAUGGAGUCCAGUACAUAAAUCUGACAAAUUUUGGAAAGAAAAUGCUCAAAGAUUAAACGAGAAAAACUUUGAAUUAGUUAAACUUCUUAUUUCAAAAUUAGAAGAAGGCGAUCCACUUACACAAUGUGUUGCUGCCCACGAUAUUGGUGAAUAUGUUAGACAUUAUCCAAGAGGAAAAACAGUUAUUGAAAAUCAAGAUGGAAAAGGAAAAGUUAUGAAACUUUUAUCUGCUGAAGAUCCUAAUGUUCGUUAUCAUGCUUUACUUGCUAUUCAAAAACUUAUGGUACAUAAUUGGGAGUACCUUGGAAAACAAUUAGAUGCUGAUAAAGGAAAAGAAUCAGUACCUAACUAA